AUGCACAAGCUACUUAAAAGUCUUAAGGCUAAGAGAUAUCUAAUUUAAUUUUCAUAUAUCACCAUAGGUUCUUCAUUUUACUUUCUAAUUACAAAUGAAUUAGAUCAUAUGAUGCAAAAUAGGAAUCUUAAAGGAAGACCUAUUGUAUUAAAUAUACCUAAAUAUAAGGCAGUUGAUAAUUUUAAGCAAAUAUCUUAAUUAAAGAAUUCUGUUACUGCUUUAUACAUCGAUUAACAUUUUUCUAAGAGAUUUUAAGACUUGAACAAUUUUCUAUUACAAAAUGUCAAAAUAAUCCUAAAUAAAUUUAUUAAUAAAUCCUAAAUAUAUUGA